GCAUGCGCGUUUGAUUUCAUAGCCAAUAUUCCAGGGUGUUUUCAUAUUGAGUUGAGUGCAGUUUAAUAUUUUUAUGUUAACAUUUACAACGAUUUCGUUCGAUAAUAAAUUUAAAAAUCAACAAACAUUAAAAAAAAAACAAGUGUUUAAAUAAUACAUAGACGUGUAAAUUAUUUGAAAAAUUAAAUGGUCAGAUUGAUGAUUGGUGAUGUCCUCAUAUACAUACGGACAAAAGACUUUUAACCCCAUUCCACCAGAGAAGGGAAGUUUUCCUCUAGACCAUGAGGGUUUUUGCAAAGCAUCAAUGAUUAAAUACAUGCGUUGUCUUGGUAAUAAUAAAAGUAAUAAUUCUCUAUGCAGAGAUGCUGCUAAAGAGUAUCUCGAAUGUCGAAUGGACCACAAUCUCAUGACUCGCGAAGAAUGGCCAAAACUAGGAUUCCAUGAUCAACAAAAAUCUACGUAACAAAU